CCAAAUGGGUGACGAGGACUUCCACUUUGCACCCAUCACUCCCCCGACCCUGCCGGACCACAUGCUGCCCCAGGACUCCCCCACUGGACCCUAUGGCUCCCACCCGGCCCCCCACCACCCCUACCAGCUGCAGGCUAUGAACGUCCCCGGGAUGCCCCGCAGUCAGGAUGGCGCCACCAUGCUCAACCAAGAUGGCGACACCUUCAGCCCUGACGGGGCGGCCAUGACCAGCACUCUGUCGGUGAUGCAGCAGAUGGUCAACUCCGACUCUCGCUUCGCCAGCAGCCAGCAGCCCGUCCAAGCCGCCCUGGGACCCAGGAACCAAUCAGGAGCCGGCCAGGUGUCCAGCAUCCACCAAUCACAGCUGGCCCACAACUCUCCUUCUCCUCCUGCCAGCACCUCUGCCACACCCUCACCUUCCAGCUCACCACACCUGGACCACCACGAGGAUGCAGGCCUCAGGGGCGAGAAGCGGCCUGCAGCCUUCGACAUGUCCAAGAAACCCAAGACGCCCAAGAAGAAGAAGCGGAAGGACCCAAAUGAGCCCGUGAAGCCGGUCUCUGCCUACGCUUUGUUCUUCAGGGACACCCAAGCCAACAUCAAGGCCCAGAACCCUAACGCCACCUUUGGGGAGGUCUCCAAGAUCGUGGCCUCCAUGUGGGACGGCCUGGGAGAGGAACAGAAGCAGGUGUACAAGAAGAGGACAGAGACGGCCAAGAAGGAGUACCUGAAGCAGCUGGCUGCCUACAGAGCCAGUCUAGUGUCUCAGAGUUACAGCCACCACCCAUCUGAGAUGAAGCCGCCCCCCUCCUCCUCCUCCUCCUCCUCCAUCUACACAUCCAAGCCCCCCGUCUAUGCGGGCCAGCACCAGCACCCCAACAUGUACAUGCCAUACCCCCACCCGUCCAGUCUGGCUCAGCACUCCACCUUGGGAGGACCUCACCUGCCUCAGAUGCACACCCUGUCCACCAGGGGCAGCGUACCUGGGCCCCCCCCGCCCCAUCAGGGAGGCUCCACCCCUCCCCACCAGGUCAGCCCCCCACUCCACAGCCAGACUCCCCUGGGGGGGAUGCAGCAUCAGCAUCAGCAUCAGCAUCAGCAUCCCUCCAUGGCCAUGACACACCCCCCCGCCCUCACACAGGUCUACUCCCUGCAGUCGGACUAUCAGCCAAUGGGAGGAGUCUUGAUGUACAGGGCAGCGAUGAUGUCAUCACCAGUGGACUACCAGCAGCUGGGCCCACACCAUCACCCGUCUCUGGACUGGAGCACUCAUUACCAUGGCAACGGGACUCCUCAGCCAGACAAGACUUUGUACCUGACUUAGUCCACAUCCACAUGCACACCAUGGGACCUCCUUGGACCUUGGACCAAGUACUCAGGAGGUCACCUCCCUUACCACAUAGGAGGAGUCACAUGACCUUAUGAGGGAGGGGUCCAAACAGGAAGUAGACGGCCUGACUUCCUGCAUGUAGAUUAGUUGUAUCAGGAUGCUGAUUGACAUGGCCAGGAUGCAGUACUCAUGUACUUAUAUACUACUUGUACUUCUAUGGGUACUCAUGUACAUGAAGUACUUAUAUACUACUUGUACUUCUAUGGGUACUCAUGUACAUGAAGUACUUAUAUAUUACAUGUACCUCUAUGGGUACUCAUGUACAUGAAGUACUUAUAUACUACAUGUACCUCUAUGGGUACUCAUGUACAUGAAGUACUUAUAUACUACAUGUACCUCUAUGGGUACUCAUGUACAUGAAGUACUUAUAUACUACAUGUACCUCUAUGGGUACUCAUGUACAUGAAGUACUUAUAUACUACAUGUACCUCUAUGGGUACUCAUGUACAUGAAGUACUUAUAUACUACAUGUACCUCUAUGGGUACUCAUGUACAUGAAGUACUUAUAUACUACAUGUACCUCUAUGGGUACUCAUGUACAUGAAGUACUUAUAUACUACAUGUACCUCUAUGGGUACUCAUGUACAUGAAGUACUUAUAUACUACAUGUACCUCUAUGGGUACUCAUGUACAUGAAGUACUUAUAUCCUACUUGUACCUCUAUGGGUACUCAUGUACAUGAAGUACUUAUAAACUACAUGUACCUCUAUGGGUACUCAUGUACAUGAAGUACUUAUAUACUACAUGUACCUCUAUGGGUACUCAUGUACAUGAAGUACUUAUAAACUACAUGUACCUCUAUGGGUACUCAUGUACAUGAAGUACUUAUAAACUACAUGUACCUCUAUGGGUACUCAUGUACAUGAAGUACUUAUAUACUACUUGUACCUCUAUGGGUACUCAUGUACAUGAAGUACUUAUAUACUACAUGUACCUCUAUGGGUACUCAUGUACAUGAAGUACUUAUAUACUACAUGUACCUCUAUGGGUACUCAUGUACAUGAAGUACUUAUAUACUACUUGUACCUCUAUGGGUACUCAUGUACAUGAAGUACUUAUAAACUACAUGUACCUCUAUGGGUACUCAUGUACAUGAAGUACUUAUAUACUACAUGUACCUCUAUGGGUACUCAUGUACAUGAAGUACUUAUAUACUACUUGUACCUCUAAGGGUACUCAUGUACAUGAAGUACUUAUAUACUACAUGUACCUCUAUGGGUACUCAUGUACAUGAAGUACUUAUAUACUACAUGUACCUCUAUGGGUACUCAUGUACAUGAAGUACUUCUGUUGUUCACACUGAGAAGGACAAAAAAAACACGAAGAGUUUUUGUGUAAACGCUGGCUCAACACUGGAAUUAUUAAGUCAGAAGAUUAGAAACAAAACUAUUAAUAUUGUAAGAAUAAAGUCAUGUUUUAUGCACAUACACACGUGUAUAUAUAUAUAUAUAUAUAUAUAUAUAUCCAUCCAUCCAUCCAUCAUCUUCCGCUUAUCCGAGGUCGGGUCGCGGGGGCAACAGCCUAAGCAGGGAAGCCCAGACUUCCCUCUCCCCAGCCACUUGGUCUAGCUCUUCCCGGGGGAUCCCGAGGCGUUCCCAGGCCAGCCGGGAGACAUAGUCUUCCCAACGUGUCCUGGGUCUUCCCCGUGGCCUCCUACCGGUUGGACGUGCCCUAAACACCUCCCUAUAUAUAUAUAUAUAUAUAUAUAUAUAUAUAUAUAUACAUAAACGGGUAUAUAUUAUAUGCAUACAGUGGAUAAGGGAGGGAUAGUAAAGGUGUGUAAAUGAAGUAUAUUUAUAUAGUGCUUUUCUCUAGAGACUGAAAGUGCUUUGCCGUAGUGAGAGCCAUGAUUGAAGUUCCAUUCACACCAGUGUGGGUGGCAGGUGGGUAGAGUGUCUUGCUCAAGGGAACAACAGCAGUGACUAGGAUGGCGGACUUAGGGGAUCAAACCUGGAACCAUCAAGUUGCUGCCAAGGCCUCUCUAACAACCGAGACACAACCCUCCUGUAAGCUUCCUGUCUAAUAAUAGACCACAACAACAACAACGACAAGCUGAACUGUGCUGUAUGCACUGCUGUACCAAUAAGUCCCUUUGGCGCCCUCACAAACGAUCAGAAAUCUCACUUAAACAAGAAUUUUGGUGCAGUAAGAAACAUUCAACAAAGUAAAAUCCACUCACAGGACACAACAUACCAUUUACCAUGAAUUGAUGAAGGUGGACCCCGACUUACACAAGUUGAAAAACUUAUUGGGGUGUUGUUAGCAUUUAGUGGUCAAUUGUAGGGAAUAUGUACUGUACUGUGCAAUCUACUCAUAAAAGUCUCAAUCAACCAAUCAAUCAAUCAAUCAAACAAACAUCAUAGCGGAGGAGCAGAAAGGCUAUUUUAUUUUAAUUUUAUUUUUAAAUCUGUUCUCAUCACAAUUAAAAACUUGCUGCGGUGCGAAAGUGCUUCAAUACGAGCGAGCACAAAAGUAUGCACACACACUUUCUGAUUGAAAAGUUUGUAUACUGAAAGCAUAUAUAUAUAUAUAUAUAUAUAUACACACACACAGUAUAUAUAUAUAUUUUAGACACAUAUGUAUAUUUAUAUAUAUAUAUAUGUGUGUGUGUGUAUAUAUGUGUAUAGAUGUGUGUGCAUUUGUAUAUAUGUGUAUAUGUAUACACACACAUACAUAUACACAUAUAUUUACACAUUUAUACAUAUAUAUAUACAUAUAAUUUAU